AUGGCAGAGCUACAAAUGUUGCUCGACGAGGAGAUUCCGGCCGGCAAGAGAGCGCUCGUCGAGAGUUACCAGAACCUGACCCGAGUCGCGGACUACUGCGAAAACAAUUAUGUGCAGGCUCAGGACAAGAGGAAAGCGUUGGAGGAGACCAAAGCCUACACCACGCAGUCUCUGGCUAGCGUAGCCUACCAGAUCAAUGCCUUAGCUAACAAUGUACUUCAGCUGCUGGACAUCCAGGCCUCGCAGCUGCGCCGCAUGGAGUCCUCCAUCAACCACAUCUCGCAGACGGUGGACAUUCACAAAGAGAAAGUGGCCCGUCGGGAGAUCGGCAUCCUGACCACCAACAAGAACACGGCGAGAACCCACAAGAUCAUCGCGCCGGCUAAUAUGGAGCGGCCGGUGCGCUACAUCAGGAAGCCCAUCGACUACGCCGUGCUGGACGACGUCGGACACGGAGUUAAGUGGAUGAAAGCCAAGCAACAUGGAAACAAUCAGUCGAUCCGAGCGGGCACGCUAUCGCGGACCAACCCGCCCACGCAGAAACCACCCAGUCCGCCCAUGUCGGGGCGCGGCACGCUCGGACGCAACGCCUCCUACAAAACCUUGGAGCCGGUGAAGCCCCCCACGGUGCCCAACGACUACAUGACCAGCCCGGCUCGUUUGGGCAGCCAGCACGGCGCGCAGCACAGCCCCGGACGCACGGCCUCGCUCAACCAGAGGCAGCGCACGCACAGUGGCAGCAGCGGCGGCAGCAGCAGCCGAGAAAACAGCGGCAGCAGCGGCAUCGGCAUUCCCAUCGCAGUGCCUACUCCCUCCAUUCCUAACUCUGGAACAGUCCCGUUCAUCAGCUCCCCCCCAGGUGGGCCUCCCCCACCUCCACCUCUUCCUCCUCCGGCCGGGCUCGGCCCUCCGCCGCCGCCGCCGCCGCCUCCUCCUCCCUUAGCGGUCGCCCCCGGUCCGGGCUUGGGCCCCGCCCCCAUGUCGCAGUUCGGCACGGUGUCGCGUCAGAUUUCGCGGCACAACCCGGCCAACUCGUCGGCGUCCACGGUGUCGGCCACCGGCACGUACCGCCGGGCGCCGUCCGUCACCUCGCAGUUCUCCCUGCAGCAGCAGCAACAGCAGCCUCAUAUUAACGGGGGCACGCCCGCUUACAGCCACAACUCAAUGUGCGUGGCUCCGCCUCCUCCUCCCCCCAUGCCCCAGCUGACGCCACAGAUCCCGCUGACUGGCUUUGUGGCCAGGAUGCAGGAGAGCAUCUCCGACGCCCCGACUCCGCCCCCGCCUCCCCCGCCGGACGACAUGGGAAUGUUCGACGAGUCCCCGCCUCCGCCGCCCCCGCCCCCGGUGGACUACGAGGAGGAGGACGCCUCGGUGGUGCACUACAACGACCCCUACGCCGACGGGGACCCCCAGUGGGCGCCCAAAAACUACAUCGAGAAAGUGGUGGCCAUCUACGACUACAGCAAGGACAAAGACGACGAGCUCUCCUUCAUGGAGGGCGCCAUCAUUUACGUGGUGAAGAAGAACGACGACGGCUGGUACGAGGGCGUCAGCGCCGGCGUCACCGGACUCUUCCCCGGCAACUAUGUGGAGAGCAUCAUACACUACGCCGACUAA